AUGUCUCGUCAGGAUGUGCAGGUGUCUCAAAGGGGAGAGCUUGAAGCUAUCAAAUUCGAAAACGAGACACUUCGUCGCCGCGUACGAGAUCUUGAGCUUGUUGUGAAGAAAUACCGCGAACGAGAAUCUGCUGCCGUAGAGAAAACCGCGCAAGACAUUGUAUCCGACCUGGGGAUGAAACUGGGGAAGGCCACCGUCAUUCCCAAGGACGAUGCCAAGGAGGAUCCUUAA